GGACGACUGGUGUUUUACUGGAGCCGUUAAACACCGGUUGCAUAAAAGCUUGCCAGCAAAGGCGUGCAGGACUUUGAUAAGCUCACUUCACAGGGCGAGUGAGCAAAACACUUUGUGAGCCAAGUUAGCUUGUUGAGAAAGCGAGAAAUGCAGUCUGUGGUGAAACAAAACCUCCACUCGGAGACUGAAGGAGACGUCAACAAACUCAUCAACCUGAAGCUCAAUGCAUCCUACACUUUCCUUGCUUUGGGGAUGUAUUUUGACAGGGAUGAUAUUGCCCUGCCAAAAUUCUCCACUUUUUUCCUGGAGCGCUCGGUGAAAGAGAGGGAACAAGCUGAGAAGCUGCUGGAAUAUCAGAACAUGAGAGGAGGUCGGAUUUUGCUUCAGACCAUUGCCAAACCAAGUAGAGAGGAUUGGAGAGGUGGUUUGGAUGCAAUGUCCUUUUCCCUGGACUACCAGAAGUCCUUGAACACAUGUAUCCUCGAUGUGCACCGCAGAGCUGGUGUCCACUCCGACCCUCAUAUGUGUGACUUCCUGGAGCAGCACUUCCUUACCGACAGCCAUGAGACCAUCAAGAAGCUGGGUGAUUACGUUGGCAGUCUGACCCGCAUCACUGCGUCCGAGACACACGGCCCAAUGGGAGAAUACCUCUUUGACAAGCACACUCUGUAAAGGUCACUCCAGUACAGUGAAAUAAGCUCCACAUUUCGAAAGAUACAUAGAGUCAAGAGGGCAGCAGUCCCUCACAUGGUCAUGGUGUAUUCUUCUCCGUUUAGAAAGCUAUACAAUAUUUUUAGAGUUUGUUACAAGCGUCUCGUGUCAAUGGCAAAAAGAGACGUUCAAAGCAAAAUAACAGAAAAUACCUCAAUUUUUUUCUUGAAAACCACACUCUGAAAAAUAGCGUUCCCAAUAUGGUGCUAACACUACCAUUUUCCUCAGCUGUUAAAAUGAGGUAUUUGUUCAUUUAAACUCCGUUACAUCAUGUGUCAUUCAUUCCAGUGUGUCAAGAGGUUUUAACCUUCACAAAUAUUUUGUAAAAAUGCAUAUUAUUUUAAGUCAAAUAGAUAAUCUGAGAUUUGGAAUAUCAUUGAAACUUUGAAUAAAGCCAGAUUAUGCUGAUGUGUAA